AUGUGUGUUCUGCGUUUGUUUCAAUAUAGAUAGAAAAUAUUCCAGGGACCAACUCAUGUGUGUCCCUCGGAAUAAUUUGACAAAUCUUAUUCCUUCAAAGUCAAAGUCAAUUUUAUUGUCAACCCUACAAGAACAGAUGUCUGAUCCGGUGUAAACACGUAAGUAGACAGAACAUGUCAGUACUGAACACAUGGUGCUCAGCACGACACGGAGAGGUAACUUAGUUAUGUGGAGAAACCAACAACACGUGAACAGUUAAUGAAUAUUCCUCAGAAAUAUAUGAGACAUUUAAAACAGGUACACACAGCCCACAUGUCUGAUCAUUGUUAUCAACGUCCCCCAUCUGAGAGCCACUGCGGUAGCUUAGCAUCUAAGCUAAGCAGCAAACUCCGCGUGUCGGUGUCGCUGGUCUCAAACUCAGCUAGAUUUAAAGCCCGGAUCAUCUCAACCCCGCUGCGCCACGUUGUGACACAGCCGAGCAGCUCGUUGAUUCGUCGCGGGGACAGAUUCAUGAGCCGGAGCUGAAGAAUUCUCGCCGAGCCGCCAUGUUCGUGCCGUGUUGACUUCCUGACAACAGAACGUCACUGCACCGCGGUGCAUCGUGGUAAAUGUAGUCGAGUGCGCUGUAACUAGGCUCGUCUCUAACCGCAGUGGGCUGAUGGUGUCCCAGACAACAUGUCUCCUGCUGUCACUGAGAGACAGAGACCCAGAGGACAGACACAACCCGGCCCCUCACUCCGCCGUCUCCCAAUUCCUCAACGUAGUUACGCAGCAGAACUACAAGUCCCACAACCUGGCGUCAUUGCGUGUCACGUUUAGCAACAACCAGUCACCGACGGAAAAAAACAGCCGCUUCCGUGUUGUUCUUGUGUUAUUUGGGUUAAAAUCAGUCGUCGGCGGCUCCGGGUUCGUCACCGUCAUGGUUCUGUGAAGCUCCCACGCACCUCCCGACCUUUUCCAGCCGAGAUGUCGCUGCUGCAGAGCUCCAAGAAGAAGGACAAGCGCAUUUUGUCUGGAACCUGCCCGGACCCGAAAUGUCAGGCGAGGCUGUUCUUCCCCGCUCACGGCUCCGUUAGCAUCGAGUGCACCGAGUGUGGACAACGACACGAGCAGAGGAACCUGCUCAGCGUCGAGGAGGUGACGGAUCCGGAUGUCGUGCUCCACAAUCUGCUCAGAAACGCCCUGCUCGGUGUCACCGGGGCCCCGAAGAAGGGAACCGAGCUGGUGAAGGUGAUGGGGCUCUCGAACUACCACUGCAAGCUCCUGUCUCCGGUCCUCACCCGGUACGGCAUGGACAAACAAACCGGCAAGGCCAAGCUGCUGAGGGACAUGAACCAGGGUGAGAUGUUUGACUGCUCUCUCCUGGGAGACAGAGCUUUCCUCAUCGAGCCGGACCAUGUGUCCACCAUGGGCUACGGCAAGGACCGGUCCGGGAGCCUCAUUUACCUCCACGACACCCUGGAGGAGGUUAAGACAGCCAACGGCAACAGAGAGUGUCUCAUUCCCGUCCAUGUAGACGGAGACGGGCACUGCCUGGUCCACGCUGUGUCCAGAGCGCUGGUAGGCAGAGAACUGUUCUGGCAUGCGCUGAGGGAGAACCUCAAACAGAACUUCAAGAAGAACCUGGACAGCUACAAAGCCCUGUUUCAGGACUUUAUCGAUGCUGCCGAGUGGGAGGACAUUAUCAACGAAUGUGACCCCCUGUUCAUCCCGCCUGAAGGUGUGCCGCUCGGCCUGCGCAACAUUCACAUAUUUGGAUUAGCCAACGUCCUCCACCGACCCAUAAUCCUGCUGGACUCCUUGAGUGGAAUGAGGAGUUCUGGGGAUUAUUCAGCCACCUUCCUGCCCGGCCUGGUGGCUGAGGAGCAGUGUCGGGGGAAAGAUGGGAAGCUCAACAAACCCAUCUGCAUCGCCUGGAGCAGCUCCGGCAGGAACCACUACAUCCCUCUGGUGGGAAUCAAGAACACGGUGCUGCCCAAGCUGCCGGCCCGGCUGCUGCCGAAGGCCUGGGGUGUCCCUCAGGAGCUCAUCAGGAAAUACAUCAAGCUGGAGCAAGAUGGGAGUUGCAUGAUCGGCGGCGACCGCAGCUUGCAGGAUAAAUAUCUAAUGAGGCUGGUCAAUGCCAUGGAGGAGGUGUUCGUGGAGAAGCACAGCAUCCACCCAGCGCUGGUGGCUGACGUGCACCAGUACGUCUACAGGCGGACCGGCGUGAUCGGCAUCCAGCCCGAGGAGGUGACUGAGGCUGCUAAGAAAUCAGUGAUGGAGAACCGGCUGCACCGCUGCCUGAUCUGUGGCGCCCUCUCCGAGCUCCACGUCCCACAGGAUUGGCUGGUUCCUGGUGGGAAGCUCUACAACUUGGCCAAAUCUACACACGGUCAAUUGCGACCAGACAAGAACUACAGCUUCCCCCUUAAUAAUGUGGUCUGCUCAUAUGACCCCCAGCGAGACGUCCUCAUCGCAGAUUACAAACUGAGCUCCCUCAACACCUGCAACUGGUGUCAUGGCACGUCAGUCCGCCACAUCCGUGGCAGCGGGUCAGUGGUUUACUUGGAUGGGGAUAGAACCAACACCCGCUCUCAGGGGGGCAAAUGUGGAUGUGGGUUCAAGCAUUACUGGGAGGAAAAAGAAUAUGACAACCUCCCUGAAGCCUUUCCUAUCACGCUGGAGUGGGGGGGUCGGGUGGUGCGAGAGACAGUGUACUGGUUCCAGUAUGAGGCAGACACAGCGUUGAACAGCAAUGUGUAUGACGUCGCUAUGAAACUGGUCACCAAGCACUUUCCAGGGGAGUUUGGUAGCGAGAUCCUGGUGCAGAAGGUGGUAAACACCAUCCUGCAUCACACCGCCAAGAAGAACCCGGAUGAGUAUAACCCAGUGUCCAUCGAUGGGGCUCAUGUCCAGCGUCUGACGGACACCAGUGACACUGAGCAGGCGGCCGACCCCCAGCCGCCCACUAAAAUCAUCCUGACCGGUCAGAAAGCAAAGACGCUCCAUAAAGAGGAGCUGACGAUGAGCCGAGCUGAGCGCAGCAUCCAGCAGAGCAUCAGCGAGCAAGCCCUCGUUACUCAGAGGCGACGGACUGACAAGUUGAAGCAGGAGCAGAGAGGCCACGGCCGGACGUCUUCCCCAGGGGGGUCUCCAGAAACGUCCUCCUCUUCGGCUCCAGCCACGCCCACCAAAUCCCCCUCCUCUUCCAAUAAGGAGAAGAAGAUCCGUGUGACCACCAGUGACGGCAGGCAGGCCAUGCUGACCCUGCAGGCUCAGACCACCUUCUCAGAGCUGCAAAAAAGCAUCGCCAACCAGUUUGGCGUGCCGCCUCCACAGCAGUGCAUCCGCUACGGCUUCCCACCCAAAGAGCUGGUCCCACCGAAGGACGGUGAGGAGAACGAGCCCAUGGCUCUGCAGCACGGUGACAGAGUGUCGGUGGAGAUACUGAGGGGCCCAGAGGACAAGAGCCCCUCCGCCUCCAUCCCUCGAGCCUCCAGCUCACACGCCUCCCUGCACUCUGUGAAGAGCGAGGACGCCGUGACAUCCGGCAGGAUGAGCACCCGGGAACUGCAGGACAGCAUCGACCUUGAGAUGUCCUCCCUCUGUCUCCUGGCAACCUUGAUGGGUGAAGAUGUUUGGUCGUACGCAAAGAAGCUGCCGCACUUAUUCCAGCAGGGUGGCGUCUUCUACAACAUCGUGAAGAAAGACAUGGGCCUGAUGGACGGGAAACACUGCACGCUGCCUCACCUGACAGGGAAAACGUUUGUUUACAACGCAGCAGAGGAGCGUCUGGAGCUCUGUGUGGACACUGCUGGCCACUUCCCUGUCGGCCCUGAUGUGGAGGAGCUGGUGAAGGAGGCGCUGGUGCAGCUGCGCUCGGAAGCGACCACCAGGGGCAGCAGAGAGGGCAGUCCGUCACACGGCGUGCUCAAGCUGGGCAGCGGUGGCGUCAUUCGUAAGAAGGAGCAGCUGCAGAGCGUCAACGCCUUCCAGGGUAAAGGUCACUCCCUAGGCAGUGCCGGUGGCUCCUCCCCUCCAGAACACCGGCCUAUCACUCGCCAGCACAGCAGCGGCAUGGACCUGAGCGCCAGUGUGUCCAGAGGUCCACCAGACCUGUCGGACAUCCCUGAGGACGCCACCAGGGAGCUGGUCCGGAUGGCGCCGGGCUUCGUCACCAUGAAGGACAGUCGCGGUCUGGACCCCAGCCUAAUGGAGCAGCAGAGGAGGAAGCUGCAGGAGAUGGUCUCCUCCAUCCAGGCGUCCAUGGAGCGCCACCUGAGAGAGCAGCAGAGUUCCACCGCCACAGGGGGCGGAGCCAGCCACGAUCUAACAGGAGGGACUAAGAUAAGCACGGGCCAACCAACACCUACAGCCAGCCAUGUACCUCCAGCUGCAGCAGAGGCCUCUUCAGCUGGCAAAGCAGGUGAGACACCAGAGGAUCUGGAGGAGAUGGACAGCCAGGACUCCGGACAGAGCAGCGCCACCGAACCUAUGGAUCACUCCUGAUCACUCCGGACCCCCACCGUGCUGACCCCGCCCCACCUGGCCAGCACCUGUGGGUCAUAAUGCCUCAGGUCGGAUCCUAAAGCUUCGGUUCUCAUCGUGUUUCUUUUACUGCAUGACUAAAGAGCAGCCGGCCGCCCUCACCUCUCUGCGGACUCUGGCUGGAGUCGAUGAGGCGAUAAAUGUGACGUCUGUGAUACAUCAUCGAUACGUUCACACCAUUACCACAGUUCUGUUGCAGUACUGACGCUGUUGCUGUGUGUGUUUCAACUCUAUGCACUUUGGUACACACUCAGCUGUCCACCCCACAACUUCACAUAGUCAAUAAUAAACGCAGCUUCUGAUUUAUUAA